AUGAAUCAAGCUUCCAGAGGUUCACGCGCAGUUUUUGUUGGAAAUAUUCCAUUUGAGUACACUGAAGAACAACUUAUCGAUGUCUUUAAAGAAGUUGGACCUGUCUCUUCCUUUAGAUUGCUCUUUGAUCGAGACUCUGGUCGACCCAAAGGUUAUGGAUUUUGUGAAUAUUAUGAUGCCGAGACAGCAGCAAGUGCAGUACGCAACUUGAAUGAUUAUGAAAUUGGUGGACGACAAUUAAGGGUAGAUUAUGCCUCCAUGGACGACAAUCAUAGAUCAAACUCACAUGGAUCACAUAAUAACAGCAACCAGUUUGCUCCACAACAACAGCAACAGCAACCUCCUCCACCUCCUAUGAAUCAACCUCCACCCAUGUCUAGACCAACAGGACCAGUUUCUUCUGUAGAAGAGAUUCCUAAGGUAUUGAAUACCAUGACACCGCAAGAUUUACUGACCAUUAUGGGACAAAUGAAACAACUCUCUAUGGAACGUCCUGAGCAUGCACGAGAAUUCCUUACAGCCAAUCCACAAGUCACCUACGCUCUUUUUCAAGCAAUGACUAUGAUGAAUGUUGUGGAUCCAAAUGUUAUCUCGCGUUUAAUAGCUUCUAUGCCACAAGUACCACAGGCACCACCACCAAUGCAAUCUAUGCCACAAGGUUUACAACAGCAACAACCUCCAUAUAUGCCAGCACAACAAGUUAUGCCACCACAGCAAGCUAUGCCUUCGCAACAAACUAUGCCGCCACAACAAGCUAGUGACGCUGCAGCUGCUGAACAAAAAGCUCUAUUGAUGCAAGUAUUACAAUUGUCUGAGGAACAAAUCAACAACCUCCAACCAGAAUAUAGGGAUCAAGUACGACAGCUUAGGGCACAAUUGACUAUGCAACAACAACAACCCUAG